CUCUUUUGAUUAUCGUUUUCUUAUUUGUUUUUUUCGAUCGAGCAAGCGGAUCCAUCAAAGCAGAGGAACCUGUGCUCUUCUUUCUCCAUUUUUUAUUGAAGAAACUGGAAGUCUUGGAUAUCAUUUCUUGUUGAGAGAUAACCUUAAAAGUCUUUUGUAGAGCAAGAAACUUGGAAGCCCUAAAAUGUUGAAGAAACUGGUAGCGAUUGCCUCUAAAAAGACUACAGUGGGUGGUCUUGGACCUUAUGAUGUAAAUCCACGUCUUGUUUAUCAUUAUGGGAUACCAGAAGGAUCUGAAACUUUAGCUUUGGACUCUAUUCAGAAUAUUCUUGCGAUUUCUACCAAGGAUGGUCGAAUCAAAUUGGUUGGUGUAGAUCAAGCUCAAGUUUUACUGGAGUCUACUGAAGGAGCCCCUAGCAAGUUUCUUCAGUUUCUGGAGAAUCAAGGAAUCCUCUUGAAUGUAACCACCAAAAAUCAAAUCGAGGUAUGGGACAUUGACAAGAAGGAAUUGUCUUUCAUGUACACUUUCGAGGAAGAAAUAACCUCAUUUACGGUCAUACAAGGAAGUCACUUUAUGUAUAUUGGUAACUCCCUGGGAAACAUUUCAGUCAUGAAGUUUGAUAGAGAAUCUUGCCAGCUCAUACACAUGCAGUAUACUAUUCCUUUGUCAGCAUCUCGGGGGUCAAUGUCUGAAACCUCUGAAGACACUUCCGUAGCUUAUAUACUGCCUCAGCCUUUGGCUGAAACUCGGAGGACUCUUGUAAUUUUCGGAAGCAGUCGUAUCAUUGUUUGGGAUACCAUGGAGAGCAAAGUCAUUGCCGUGAAUGGUAGCAGCUCACUACAGUCCUGUCAUGAAUCAAACAAGAGAGUAACUUCUGCAUGUUGGGCCUGUCCUGUUGGAACUAAAGUUGUUGUUGGUUAUAGCAGUGGAGAAAUUUGCCUUUGGAGUAUCCCACCAAGUUCAACUCCAACAUUUGCCCCUUCCGGGAAUAAAAAUGAGCGCCUUAAUAAUCAAAUUUUGCCUUUGUCAAAACUUAAUCUUGGUUACAAGAUGGACAAAGUUCCGAUUGUUUCAUUGAAGUGGGUUCCAGGAGAUGAAAGAGGGAGUUGUUUAUAUGUUAAUGGCGUUACCGGUUGUGGCACUUCAAGCUCCUUUCAGAUAAUUAUUCUGAAGGAAAGCAAUGACUCUCGUACAAUUAAGUUGGAGCUUCCUUUGCCAGAGCAUUGUGUAGAUAUGGAAAUCCUUUCAAAUAGUACUGGUAGAAACAAACAUCUAGAAGAUGCUCUUUUGAUACUAUUAAAAUCAGGUCAUAUGCUUGUCUAUGACGAGUCUGAUAUUAAACGGUAUCUAUUUCAAUCUCAGUCUAAGUCACCCCCACCAAUCCCAAAGCAGGUAAAGGUAAAGCUCCCACUCAGUGAUUCAAGCAUCACAGUUGCAAAAUUUAUCUCGGACAAUUCAGUUUUCUCAAGUUCGUUAGUGGAGGGGCCAGCCUACAAAUUGCCUCCAUUUCUUCCUUUGGGUACAAAGUCAAAAGAUGGAAGAAGUUUGAAUUGUUCUAACUUUGGUGGAUUUACAAAGAUAAAAAAAUUGUACAUAACAGGGCACAUUAAUGGAGAUGUAAACUUUUGGGAUGCCUCAUAUCCAUUGUUCCAGAUGAUCUUAUCGAUAAAACUACAGACUCUGAACCCAGGCUCCGAUAUCUUGAAACAGAGCGAAGAAGAAAAUAAACUCAGGUGGUAUUCCUAUUACUGCAUUGGAGUUUGAUAUUGAUUCCGAGUUCUAGUCACUGGUGAUCAGGUUGGAACGGUUCACAUAUUUAGCUUCAAACCCGAUCAAUUUAUUGAAAAGGCCAAAGGCAACCCUUUAUUCAUCCGGGUGAAUUCAAAGUCAGGAUAUGAUCACGUCAUGGAAAGUGUUAAAGUUAUAAAGGCUCACAAGAGGUCCAUACUUUCCAUCUGCUUGAACUGCAGCUCAAAACGUCUUGUGGUUGGGUGUGAUGAAGGAUAUGUAUCACUGAUUGAUAUGGAAGGGCCAACUCUAUUAUCUCAAAAAUGCUUUUCAAGUGAGUCAUCCACUAGUAUAUUGGCCCUACAGAUGAGAAAAUACGAUCUUUGUGGUUCACAAAAAGAGGUUCUAUUUGUAGCCUUAGAAGAUGCUUCAAUUUUUGCACUUGAUAGCGACACCGGAGGUGUCUUAAGCGUCAACGGUAUUCGUCCUAGUAAGCCCACUAGAGCUGUAUAUAUGAGCAUCUUAGGUAGGCACGAUGCAUCUAACAAAGAAUCACACCCAUCAAGUAAUCCAGGAUUGCACCAAGAGCACUCCGUUCAGGAUACCAAAUCAGAGGCUUCAUUGUUACUGUUGUGUUCUGAAAAGUCUGUCCGUCUUUAUUCCAUAGCGCACAUAAUUCAGGGAGUGAAAAAGGUAUAUCUGAAAGAAAAGCUUCAUGGAACCUGUUGCUGGGCAUCAACGUUUUGUUCCAAUUCAAUUGUGGGCCUAAUGCUUCUUUUUACAAGUGGCAAAAUGGAGAUAAGAUCCCUCCCAGACUUAUCCCUCCAAAAAAUGACUUCAAUAAGAGGUUUUCCAUUUUGUGAUUCAAGAAGAAAAUCAAAUGCCAAAAGUUCAUUAUGCUCUUCAUCUGAAGGUGAAGUUGUUCUGGUGAAUGGAGAUCAAGAAAUUUUCUUCUUUUCAGUUUUGCCCAAAACACAUGCAUAUAGUCUUUUAGGGUCAUUCAAUGAAGUAUACAAGAAAAAUUUCAGCCCUCCUCAGGAGCACAUCUUUGUCAACAUCCCUCAGAAAGAAAAGAAGAAGGGUCUGGUUAACUCAAUUAUUCAAGAGAUUAAAGGCAGUAAGGCAAGGAAAUCUCAAGACUCUGAAGAUAUAGAAGCCUUGGUGAGUUGUGAACAACAAGAUCUUGCUGUUAUUUUCUCAACAUGUAACUUCCCUCCAGUUUCGGGGGAUGGAGAGAGAUUAGCUGCUAAUGGAGAUUAUGGUGACUUAGACAUAGAUGACAUAGAAAUUGAAGAUCAUGAUGAGAACACUCUCAGUCAAAAUGAUUCAACAUCAAAUAAGCACAAGUUGAGCAGCAAAUUUCAUGCCAUUAAAGGUAAACUGAAACCAAAGAAGACAAAGGAUGCAAACCAGGUUCCUAAGGAGGAGCACGAGGAAAGUAAGCCCCUUGGAACUGUGGACCAGAUAAAGAAGAGAUAUGGAUACGCUGUUUCAAAUGAUUCAAAUGCUCCCAAACUUGCACAAAGCAAGCUUGUAGAGAAUUUGCAAAAAGUACAGGGAAUCAACACACGAACGGCUGAGAUGCAAAAUGAUGCUCGAUCUUUCUCAGCUAUGGCAAAUCAGGUGCUAAAGAUAGCAGAGUAUGGAAGAAGGAGCUCAUGAGCCUUUUGGCACUCUUGUGCAGUGUAUAUAUAUUUUGUGGUGGAAUAUAGCUCUAAGUGUGAUGGGAAUGUGUAUAGUAAAUUGCUAUUUUUUAUCAUUCAUGAGUAUAGAAUCUAUGUGACUAAAAUUUGAAAUGUGUUCGUGUUUGUUUUCAGAAAAAUAAAUCAAUUUAUCACUGAAUGGAAAUCUUUUGUGGUAUUUAUU